CAGUGGUGAAGCGUAGAGCGAUGCAAGAGCGGAAGGGAAAGGUGAUGGAGGACAAGGAGAAGCUCGCACCUAGCUUACUCGUUAAAGCAACUCAGCAGCAGCUCAAGAGGAGGAGGAGGAGAGACGUUAGUGACACGGAGCAAAUUAUAUUACAAGAGAAGAAGAUGAUGGAGCAUUUAUCUUGUGAUAAGAAGACGCUUAUGUCUGUUCGUGAAUUGGCCAAAGGUUGGGAACCACACCCUGGGAGCAUCAUGUCGAGCAAACAGAUUGAUUUGACUAGGAAGCAAUUUCAUAUUAUAGUUAGUGGCGAAGAUAUUCCUCCGCCCAUCAAGAAUUUCAACGAUAUGAACAUUCCGAGAGGUCUUGGCGUUACGCUCAAGGAGAAAGGGAUAGUGAAGCCAACUCCGAUCCAAGUUCAGGGUCUUCCUGUGAUUUUAUCAGGAAGAGAUAUGAUCGGGAUUGCCUCCACUGGAUCUGGAAAGACGUUGGUUUUCGUGCUUCCCAUGAUCAUGAUAGCUCUGCGGGAGGAGAUGGUGAUACGUCAAACAAGAAGCAAAGAUUGUUACCUCCUCGAGUGCCUGCAGAAUACUCUCGUCUCAUUGUAACAUGAGAAAAUUCAUGUGGACACAAGUUGUGUUAUUAGCAGCCUUAUUACUUAAGAAUCCGGAUCUUGUAUAUGCACUGAGUUCUGGUUGACCCGAUAAUUUAGCCGGCCAAGAUAUGGUAAAACUGCUUGAUGUGAUUAUUGAUUAAUACUGGUGCUCCAAAUUUUUAAGCAAGUAACUCAUAGAAGGAGGCUGAAGUUUCUCUUCCAUCUCCCACUCCAUCAACCCUCAAAGUCCAUAGACACACCUUGGACGUUAGUGAAUCAGAUUAAUAGUGAUUUGAAAAUCUUGACACAUAGUUUUAAUUGAAAAGAAACCAAAUAAAUACAAGCUAUAGCUAGCUCU